AUGCCUUCUGCAAUGUUGCGAGGUUGCACUGUGCCAAGCGCUCCGUGCCUGCUAGCUCGCGGCUUCCCGUUCACGCUCCACUUUUUCCAGAUGUCUUUGCCUCCAGUCGAUCGCUCGUCUAAGUUAUCUCAUUCAUCAGAACGCUCUGACGAGCUUUUACCCCUGCUAGUGCAACGCUAA